UCUCGAGUUUUAAUUCGAGCGAUUUCGAGGAAUUUAAGAUUAUACAGUCGAAAGGGCAUUCGACACCCUUCCCCAUUCCCGCCGAAUUUCGUUUCUGCGUUCUGUUUCUCCGGCGAGUCGCGGCCUUGAUCGGAAAACAAUGCUCUUUCUCUGUACAUUCACAACCAAACUCUCCGCCUGCUGACUGCGUACUAUGGACGUAAUUGUCUCCUCCGCCGUCGAAGAAAUUUGCUCACAGGGUCAGAACGGACUCACUCUCCGCAAUCUAUGGUCCAGGCUCGAACCUUCUCUCUCAGCUUCCGGCCUCGACCUCUCCAAUGGUGUCAAGACUGCUGUCUGGACCCAACUCCGUAGCAUCCCAUCCUUGCAAUUCGAUGCUGGCAAGGUGACCUAUGAUGCUAAGGACCCAUCUAUCCAGUCUUUCGAAAACGCUGAAAGGUUGAAUGUGAAGGUUAUGGGCAAAGAGUAUUUGAGGGAUAACUUUGUAGGGCUCUACAAUGUGCGAUCAGCCAGUUCCAACAUGUCCGCCCAUCAGAGACGAGUCCUUGAGCGCCUCGCUAUUGCUAGAAAAAAUGGAGUGACGCAAAACCAACUUGCUAAAGAAUUUGGGAUUGAAGGAAGAAACUUCUUUUAUGUAGUGAAGAGCCUCGAGUGUCAAGGGUUAAUUACGAGGCAAUCUGCAGUUGUCCGAACUAAAGAAGCUGUAAAUACUGGGGAGUUGAGAAAUAGUCCAAUUGUGAGUACCAAUUUGAUGUACUUGCACCGAUAUGCAAAGCAUUUGGGCUGUCAACAGAAAUUUUGGAUUACUGUGGAAGAAAAUAAUAUUGAGCAGCUUGGAGACCCAGUAGAAAGUGCCGCUGAUGAAGAUGGUAUGCCUGUAAAAUGCAUCAAGGAAGACGUGUUUGUGAAGGAUUAUUUACCAAAAAUGGAAGCUAUAUGUGAUAAACUUGAAGCAGCCAAUGGAAAGGUUCUUGUUGUUUCUGAUAUUAAGAAGGAUCUUGGUUAUACUGGAUCUUCUUCAGGGCAUAAAGCUUGGAGAGAGGUCUGUAAUAGAUUGGAAAGGGCUCACAUUAUUGAGGUGUUCGAGGCUAAAGUGGACAAUAAGUUUGAUUGUUGUCUACGUCUGCUAAAGAAGUUCUCUCCAAAGUGUUUUGAGACAAGUGCUCUUGGGGGAGAUGAUAGUUCUGGUUAUAAACAUCACAUGAAAUUUGGGAGGAAAUGUCAAGUAACCGAUCAACUCGCUGAGCUUGCCAUAGAGCAUCAAAUCUAUGAUAUGAUUGAUGCUGCUGGCUUUGAGGGCAUAACAGUAAUGGAGGUUUGUAAGAGGCUUGGAAUUGAUCACAAAAGAAACUAUGGCCGACUUGUCAAUAUGUUUACUAGAUUUGGAAUGCAUCUUCAAGCUGAAACUCACAACAAAUGCAAUCUUUAUCGAGUGUGGACACGUGGGAAUUUCAAGCCUGAAUAUAAUAGUCAAUUUUUUCAUAAAUCAAAAGAUGCAAAUAAUGAAAUUGAAAAUUGUAUUAAUCAUACUUCCAGUGUAAAUGAUUCUAAGAAGUUAGCUGAAACAACUUCUCAAAGUAGCUUUGCAAAGGCUGAAGACACAAAUUUGAAAGUUGACAGUGCAAGUCGUAGAACAACAGGGGAUGGAAAAAUGAAAACUGAAGUUAAUGAUAAGCUGCAUGGCGAUCGCGAGACUGACCUCAGAGUUAUCCAUUUGCCACAAGAGUCAGUUUCUAUGCCAACAUGCUCCAAUCCUGAUGUAGAACCCUGUUCAGUGAAUGCAGGCGUUGAAACAAACUCUGGAUUAAUAACACCUCCAGCGGCUCUGUUAAAAUCAUCAGUUUCUGUAUCACAUCAGAAGUAUCCGUGUUUACCUCUUACUGUGGGUAGUGCUAGGAGGGAGCAAAGAAUUCUUGAACGGCUACAGGAUGAGAAGUUUGUUUUGAAAGGCGAGCUUUUUAGGUGGAUUGUUGAUCAGGAGACAGACAAAACCACAACAACAGAUAGAAGAACUAUUUUCCGAAGUAUAAACAAAUUGCAAAGUGAAGGACACUGUAAAUGCAUAGACAUCAAUGUUCCUGUUGUCACAAAUUGUGGCCGUACUCGUAUCACCCAGGUGAUUCUGCAUCCUUCUAUUGAGACUUUAUCUCCUCAACUUCUAAGUGAAAUUCAUGAUAAAAUGAGGUCAUUUGAAGCCCAAAGUCGUGGUCAUAACUCAAAAAAGGCGAAGAGGAAAGUGUUGCUUCCUGUAUUAGAAGGUGUCCAAAGGACACAGCACUAUAUGGAUCCUGACAUUGCUGCAGUACGAUCAGAAGCCAUGCGUGCAAAUGGAUUUGUACUGGCAAAAAUGAUCCGUGCAAAGCUGCUUCAUUGUUUUUUGUGGGAUUACCUAAACUGUUCAGAUGAUUCUGGUGGUACUUCCUCAUCUGAAAGAUUUGUCCAUGAUCUGAAAAAUCCUCACACUAGCUACAAGCCAUUUUUAUUAGAAGACGCAAUUAAGUCGAUCCCAGUUGAGCUUUUCCUUCAAGUUGUUGGGUCUACUAAAAAAUUUGAUGAUAUGUUGGAUAAAUGUAAGAGGGGUUUGUCACUUGCUGACCUUGCUCCUGAGGAGUACAAGCAUCUGAUGGAUGCUAAUGGUACUGGAAGGCUCUCGGUGAUUAUUGAUAUUUUACGGCGUUUGAAGUUAGUUAGGUUUGUAGCUGCAAAUACAGGCAAUGUCAAUGAUUGUGGUCGUGCCACUUUAAAACAUGCACUGGAGCUUAAACCUUACAUCGAGGAACCUGUUUCAAAAGAUGCUACUAGAUCUUUGAUGAAUAAGUGUCUAGAUCUUCGGCCAAGAAUUAGGCAUGACUUUACACUGUCAAGUAGGCAAGCUGUCAAUGAGUAUUGGCAAACUUUUGAGUAUUGCUAUGCCACGGCUGAUCCUAGAUCUGCUCUGCUUGCAUUUCCUGGGUCUGCUGUACGCGAGGCAUUUCUUUUCCGUUCAUGGGCUUCAGUUCGGGUUAUGACAGCCGAACAGCGUGCUUCACUCCUGGAGCUUGUGGCAAGGAGGGAUCCAAGUGCAAAACUUUCAUAUAGAGAGUGUGACAAAAUAGCAAAGGAUCUUAAUCUGACAUUAGAACAGGUUCUACGUGUGUAUUAUGAUAGGCGCCAGGAACGUCUUAAUAGCUUUGAUGAAGNGACUAAAGUACCCUUACAAGUUUAUUCCUUAUUUCAGUUAGUUAGGUUUGUAGCUGCAAAUACAGGCAAUGUCAAUGAUUGUGGUCGUGCCACUUUAAAACAUGCACUGGAGCUUAAACCUUACAUCGAGGAACCUGUUUCAAAAGAUGCUACUAGAUCUUUGAUGAAUAAGUGUCUAGAUCUUCGGCCAAGAAUUAGGCAUGACUUUACACUGUCAAGUAGGCAAGCUGUCAAUGAGUAUUGGCAAACUUUUGAGUAUUGCUAUGCCACGGCUGAUCCUAGAUCUGCUCUGCUUGCAUUUCCUGGGUCUGCUGUACGCGAGGCAUUUCUUUUCCGUUCAUGGGCUUCAGUUCGGGUUAUGACAGCCGAACAGCGUGCUUCACUCCUGGAGCUUGUGGCAAGGAGGGAUCCAAGUGCAAAACUUUCAUAUAGAGAGUGUGACAAAAUAGCAAAGGAUCUUAAUCUGACAUUAGAACAGGUUCUACGUGUGUAUUAUGAUAGGCGCCAGGAACGUCUUAAUAGCUUUGAUGAAGGGACAGACAAGGAGUCUAGACAAAAAAUUAAAGGCCAUUCAUUGAGGAGAAAAAGAUUACCAAAAGAGAGGCCAGGGAAGCGUGCACGGUAUGAUGAUGUCAGCAAGCAGUUGGAUGAAGCAAGGGUCACCACGUUUCCUGAAACUUCUAUUUCAUCUGAUGUUAAAGAUAAACAUUUGGCUGCUAAUUCAGGAGAGCAGAACAUUCCUUCGCAAGAAAUUUUUGAGGAUGGCGAUCAUCAAGAAACUGUAGAGGAAUUUGUGUCUAAAGAGGAAGGCGAGGCACACUGUUCUGUUGCCUCUUCAAUGACAAAGUCAACUCGUCAAAGAAGGUUUAUAUGGACUGAUGAAACAGAUAGGCAAUUGAUCAUCCAAUAUGUCAGAUACCGUGCAUCUCGAGGUGCAAAAUUUUCUCGAACAAAUUGGUGUGCUAUCUCUAACUUGCCAGCACCUCCAGGUACUUGUAAAAAAAGAAUGGCAUGGCUGAAUGGCAGUCUAAGAUUUAGAAAACUUGUAAUGCGGCUUUGUAACAUUCUUGGCAAGCAUUACGUGAAGUACCUGGAAAAAUCAAAGAACGCAUCUGUUCAUCAAGAUGACCCCAAAGUCAUUGCAACAAGUUCUAAUGGGAAUGCAUCGGUUCAUCAAGAUGACCCCAAAGUGAUCACAACAAGUUCUAAUGGGAAAGCUCUUAACGGAAAUAGUGGCGACAGUGAACAUUACAGUGAGUUGGAUCUGCAGGAAGAGCAAUGGGAUGAUUUUGAUGAUAAAGAUGUAAAGAUGGCCCUUGAUGAGGUUCUUCAUUACAAGAAAAUGACAAUGUUGGAGGACUCAAAAAGAGUUGGAUCUGUCUAUGGUGACUUUUUGGAUGCAAAUGAAUCUGGAUUUACGUCUGCCACCCAGAGUGCAGACCUGGGAGGAGAGCAAUGUCAAUUUUCUAGGGGAAGAUCAAAGUCAAGAAGCCUUCAUCGGCGGUUGAUGAAGAUUUUGAAUGGCAGGCAUGUCAGCAAAGAAGUAUUUGAAUCAUUGGCUGUUUCUAAUGCUGUUGAGCUAUUUAAGCUUGUUUUCUUGAGCACCUCAACUGCUCUUGAAGUACCUAAUCUCCUUGCUGAAAAUUUAAGGCGUUACUCAGAACAUGAUCUUUUUUCAGCUUUUAGCCACCUGAGAGAAAAGAAAAUCAUGAUUGGAGGCAACAAUAAUGAACCUUUUGUGCUCUCACAAAGUUUUCUGCAUAGCAUUUCAAAGUCCCCGUUUCCAGCGAACACUGGAGAGAGAGCUUCCAAAUUUUCUAAGUUUCUGCAUGAAAAAGACAAAGAUCUCGUGGAGAAUGGGAUUAAUAUUCCUUCUGAUUUACAAUCCGGAGAUAUUUUCCAUUUGUUUGCUCUAGUUUCUUCGGGAGAGUUGUCUAUUUCUUCUUGCUUGCCCGACGAUGGCGUUGGAGAACCUGAAGACUUGAGAAGUUCAAAACGAAAAGUUGAUAGCUGUGAACUGUGGGUGGACACUCGGGCUAAGAAGAUGAAAUUUGCACCAGCAGAGGGUGAAAUUAUUUCUCGUCGAGAAAAAGGUUUUCCUGGGAUUUUGGUUUCUGUUUGUCGUACUACAAUUUUAAGAACAGAUGCUAUGGAGCUGUCAGAUAGUUGGAAUUGUAUUGAUGACCAACAUUUUGGUGGGAAUGAUAGAUUUCACGUUUCACCUACUCACAACAGUAUUUCAUUUGACAAUGUGGAAUCACUAUACGAUACAGAUGGGGUUGUCUCUCUAGGAAAUCGUUGCGAGUCAACUUGGCAAGCUAUGACAGCUUUUGCAGAUCAUUUGAUGUCGGUAGGUUGUUAUCAAGAACAAAUGAGUGCCAUCUCUCCAGAGGUCUUUGGGUUGGUUUAUUCUGCAGUUCAGUUGGCUGGUGACCAGGGUUUAAGCAUAGAGGAAGUUUCCCAGGUGGCUAAUUUACAAGGAGAAAAGCUGCCUCAACUUAUCGUUGAUGUUCUUCAAACGUUCCAACGAGUGCUGAAGGUGAAUUCAUUUGACAGUAUUCGAAUUGUUGAUGCUUUAUAUCGUCCCAAGUACUUUUUGACAUCGAUAUCUGGUUCGAAUCGAAACCGUGCUACUCCUUCAUCAGUCGAUAUGCUUGGAAGAAGUGAUGGCCAAUUGGUUUUCCAUCCAGAAAACUACAACAAUGGGGAGAAGAAUCCAGAUAAUCACAUGUCUAUUGCUGCAAAUUCCCAGAUGGAAAAUAAAAUGGUUGUUGGUGAGGUGCACAAAGUAACGGUUCUCAAUCUUCCUCCAGAAGUUGAUGACAACACAAAGGAAAGUCAAACUAGCAGUAUGCAUCAACGCAAUCCCAAGGAGAAAACCAUUUUAAACACAACAGGGAAUGAGAAUGGAUUGUUUUGCGCCUCUUCUGAUGGUUUGAAUAUGCCAAUACUCCCAUGGAUAAACGGAGACGGGACGACUAACAAAAUUGUCUACAAGGGGCUUAGAAGGCGGAUCUUAGGAAUUGUAAUGCAAAACCCAGGAAUACUGGAGGUUGCGAUUAUACGACGGAUGAACGUCUUGAAUCCCCAGAGUUGUAAGAAGCUGUUAGAGUUGAUGAUAUUAGAUCAGCACCUCAUAGUGAGGAAGAUGUAUCAACGUACGUUCAGUGGCCCCCCUGGUAUUCUAGGAACGCUCCUUGGCACGAGCCACAGAGACUCGAAGUUUGUUUGCCGUGAUCACUACUUUGCAAAUCCCAUGAGUACCUCGCUGCUGUAGGUAGCCAUGCCCCCCUUGCUCAUUGCGCAGGUUGUCUAUUGAAACUCUGCUGGAAAAAAAAACACACCAUAGCAUUGCUGGAAGCUCUGUGGGAUAGGCGUUUACCCAUUUUCGGCUGCUCGGAAUCAGGUGGCAUUCGUCACUCGGCUUUGCUUGUUUCUUGAUUUUAACAUGGUGGUGAUCUCUGCCCUCAUUUGUUUUUGGCCGGGGUCCAUUCUCUCAUCCUCAUUUCCGUGGCUUUGUUCGAGUCUACCCCGAGCCCUGACCCUAAAGGAUAUAUACUCACCUCUUGUAACCAUGAGUUAGGAAUAUACUAACAGAGAUAUGUUGGGAAUAUUUAGUGGUAUAUUUGUAAUUAUUUGAGAAGUUUGCUAGGGUUAAAGUAGCUACGAAUAGACUGAGUUGGGGAUUUGGGGAAGGUAGAAUUUGGAGAUAUUAGCAGUGGUAUCUUUGUAAUUAUUUGAGAAGCUUGUUAGGGCUAACUGUAUGUAUUUAUUAAUAUAAUCGUUAUUCCCUUUGUAUUUCUUUCUUGAA